GUGACAGACAGGCAGCCAGACAGACUGACAGCAAGCAGCAGUCGGAAACACAAACACUCCGGGGUGUUAUUUUGGGUCCAUGAAUCACUGCCAUUGGGCGUCCAAUUGGAUUCCAGAUAAAAGCUUCCAGCACAGCCCAGAGACCAUGUUGAAGCCUCCUCUGAGUCUCUUCAGCCAUCCCCAGCAGCCUUUCCAACACAUGGACUCUCUGCACCAGCUGGGACCCCCGCCAAUGGCUCCUACCCAGCCUCUCGGCCCACCACCCAUUGCCCCUGCUCAGUCAAUUGGACCCCCAACUAUGGCUCUCACCCAGACUCUAGGACACCCACCCAUAACUGCUACUCACACAUUAAGGCCUCCCCCAAAUACCCCACCACACAGUUUAGGCCCCCUCCAAUGUCCCCAGCUCAGCCACUGGGGCCUCCACCAAUGGCACACAUCUUGGGACCCCCACCUGUAGAUCACACACAAGCAAUAGUGCCUCCAACCAUGGACCUCACACAACCGUUAGGGCCUCCACCUCUGAACCCUGCACCAGCACUGGUGCCCCCACCUGUAGUGGCGCCUGGAGCCGGCCGAUUCCCCCUCCCUCCCAGCCCACUGUCCUCCCCUCCUGCUCCGGGCCCAGACCCUUCACAGCUGCCCCAAAGGCCCCCAGGACCGGCCCUCAUCCCAGCCCCAGUGUCCUGCCUCAUCCAUGGUCCUCUCCUGGGUCAGGCAGCCCCAGCCAGCGAGCAGCCCCAGGAUGAGGGCUCUCUGCUGGGGAUGGAGGAGCAGGAGGACUCUCUCGGGCUGGGAGAACUGUGUAAACCGCUGUACUGUAAACUCUGCAACGUUACCCUCAACUCCGCUCAGCAGGCACAAGCUCACUACCAGGGGAAGAACCACAGUAAAAAGUUAAGAAAUUUCUACGCUGGCAGUCAACAGCCUCCAGCAAUCAGGCUCCCAGAAGUCCUCGAGGGGGCUGGCCAGACAGCCCUCAGCUCAGGAUCCAACGACAGUGACGCAGGCAGGCAGGCAUUGUAUAAGGGGGUGACCCGGGUCAUCUUGGCCACAGAGAAUGACUACUGUAAGCUGUGUGACGCCUCCUUCAGUUCACCGGCAGUUGCACAGGCCCACUACCAGGGCAAGAACCACGCCAAGAAACUACGGCUCUCUGAGGCCCAACAGAACUCCAUUAACAUGGAAGGCAGUAAUGAGGCAGCCCCAAGAAGAAACAGGAAAGAUGGCAGUGAGUACAGACUGGUGAAAAACCGCCGCAGCCCACAGCUACCUGCUUCCAUGCCAGGGCCAUACUACAAUCCCAGGCCGAGGCAGCGCAUCCCCAGGGACUUGGCCAUGUGCGUGACUCCCAGCGGACAGUUCUACUGCUCCAUGUGCAACUGCGGAGCCGAGCAGGAGACGGACUUCAGGCAGCAUCUGGAGAGCAAGCAGCACAAAGCAAAAGUGUCGGAGUUAAGAUACCGCCAUGAGAUGGAGAACCUCGGCUACAGCUAAGAGACACAAGAGGGGAGGGGGAAAGAGAAAAGACAGAGAUUAAAGUGGGACUGAAUAGGUGGAGGCAGUACAAGAACAAAGGGCAGGAAAGCAAAUACUGCCCAUGUUUGAGGGGCAUAUUUAGUGAAGGGAUUAGCCCUAAUGGCCUCAAGAUCUUGUUGCAAUUCAUUUGAUAUAUGAAUCAAAUACUUAAAUCCUCAUAUUUGACAUAAUUCUCUACCAUAUGGAGCUAUAAUUGGAUUUGAUGGAUUUAUCUGAUCUGGGUAUUACUCUUGAAAUUCAGUCUGUAUAUUGAAGCAGGCUGCAAUGUGUAUGCAGAGAACAGGAACCGUACAUUUGAGAAAAUGGUGGAUUUUUGACGUACAAGCCUCAAGACAUAAAAAAGUCUGUUUUUUAGGCUCUGAAUUAGAUCACAUUUUUGACCCAUCACCUUUUGUUAUACUGUUUCUGGUCAACUUUCCUCCAAGGCUUUGAGUGGGUUGCAUUCUGAGGAUACAGGUAAAUGGAAAUUAAUUGCCAGUAAAUCUUGAGUUUGUGAGGACUAUUGAUGCACAGAGAGCCAACAUGACAGGAUAGGAGGCACAGGAAAAGACUAGUAGGACAUGUAGAGGGUUCAAGCAUUAAGACAGAAUGCAAAAUGUGGGAAAUGGAGAGAAACCUGUUGAUAUAAGUAAAAGGUAGGAGACAAGCAUAGAGGCAAACACUUGAGGUCAGAACAAGUCUCAUCCUUGGGAGGUUUGAGACUUGUUUUUCAAUUCUUGUGUGUGAAUCAGCCCUACAGGUAUUUUUUACAGGCCCUACAGCAGGGACGUCAGGGCCACUUAGUGACCACAGAGCCACACAGGGCACAGAAGAGCAAAUUCAACAUCUAUAUAACCUAAUACAGGUUAUAAAAUCCAAAGCACUAUUCACUGAUUUAAAAAAAACAAAGCACAACAAACACCAUCAUCUGGUAGAAACUUAGCCGACCUCUUAGCGGUCCUUUGGCGUGUAUCAGGCUGAAGGCUACACCCUAGCUAGCCUUGUUUGUGCCUUUAGUGAGAAGUAGGCUAAAGAGUAAGCUUUGGCUAGCCAUUUUGGAAACAUAGUGGAAACCAAUCUACAGUAUUGAUUGGAUUUUUCUAUAUUAUGACAUCUCUCUCCUUGUAUUAAAUCCACACAAAUAUUACGUAAAUUUUCUCAAAUUACAUUAUAGAUGUAAAUAUGGUAUACCAUACACAAAUACUAUUUAUUCUUUGGUUAUUGUUAGCCUAGUAUAUAUUAUAAAUAAUCUAUUUAAUAAUUAUCAGGAAUCUUGUACAAGUGUGCACUGACUGAAUGUCUACCCUUCAGCACUGUAUGUUUGUGUGUGGAUUUUACUGUAGGCUCUCCAUACCACUUUGGGUGAUGUCCUUGUUCAUUGGUAAAGUAACUCUGGUACCAUCCAUCUGUAGUUAAAAGAUGCUAGUCUCAUCAUUUUGACUGUGCUGGAGGACCACAUGCUAGGAGAGGCUGUCUCUGAAGUUGAAACCUCUUUUGAGGCAAGGUGAAAACUGAAUUAUUGUCUUGACAAUACAGCCAAACUGGCACUGCGAGGAAGAAAUGUGCAAACACGUUGGAAACUCGUAGUUCGUUAGUGAUGCGUGCAGCCGAAAGCAUUUAUCUCCAAACUUCUAAUUAGUUUGUAAACUGCAAAUGAAUGUGUGCAGAGCUCAUGGAUGUUUCUGGUUGUAAGACAUAUCAUUUAAUUCUCCCAAUCAAUCUUGAUCCCUAGAGGGGACAUAACCAGGUUUUACUGCAGUGUGAAAGGGCUGCAGAGGAGUGACGGAUUUUGUCUGGAUUUGCAGACAGAUCUUUUCUUUGUAGUUGUUGUUUUUUUAUUUUGUUUUUUACCCCGUAUGACCCAGGUCCAGCUGUUUUUCAGUGUUUAGCCCAUCCUGAAAAGUCAGUUAUGUAAUUGGAAUCAAAUUUGAUUUGAUUGUUUCAGUUCAGUGGUGCUGAGCUGAACAUGGUGCAGUCACAAGGCAUUUGGAGUUAUACAGUCAUACUUUAAAUGACUAAAAGUGUGUACUGUGCCUUUAAUGUUGGCUUUGAUCUCCAUUGCAUUUAGAGAAGACAAUGACAGGGUCAAAAAAUCUACAUUUUUAUUGUUUGAAACACAAAACUAUUGUCUUUUAAAUAGUAAUUUUCAGAUUGUUGAUUCUUUAAUCCUUUAAAUAGAUUUUUUUUAUUUAUGCCACAAAAAAUCAUUUUAUGUUGCAGUUAAUAGGAUUUUUCAUCUAGAGUUUCUGAAGCCAACAUGUUUCACCCAUACAGUAUACAAGAAUGAGUAGAUCUGUGGUUCAAAAGAGGAGAAAAACCUUCCUGUUUCAUUUUACAUUUGCUUCUCCAACUUUUCCUGCAGAACAGCAGUGCAUGCACACAUACUCCCACAUAAUUCAAUCAGUCAAAGGCCUGAUCAGGUCACGUAAUUAAAUGUGUUAUAAAGUGAAAUGAAAGCAGCAUCCUGGCUUUCUCUCUGGUUGGUUUGGUUUGCUAUGGGGAGAGGCAGCUGUUCACAUCUUACAUUUGUCUCUAGAGCACAAACACACACCUGAUCACACACAAUGAGGACACUCAGGAGAAAAGCACUGUGAGGACAAAGUACUGUGGUGUUUAGGGAUUUAUACAUGUGAGAGAGGGACAGCCAGAGAGGGAGAGGCAAACAGAGCAUAGAAAAUAAAAUGCUAGGUUUUAUUAGCCCACUGUGCUGUAUGGUUUAAUCAAAAAGAAACAAAGAGGAGCUGAGACACAGCUAGUCAAGGAGUUCUUCACAUUAGACUUAGUUGCAGUCUGUUAAUAGCACUCAUCCUCCUCCUAGAAAUAACACACUUUGUAUUACAUGAAAGCAUGGGUAGCAUAACCUUUUAUUAUGUUGACAGGUUCCUGAAUUCAAAAUGAGAGUCACAAUCCAGUGCAGCUACUGAACACCUUCAGCAAAUGCAUAAAAUUAGAAACUGCAAAGGAAUGGAGGAAGUGAGGGGAUCAUAGGAAACUAUCAGGCUCCUAACAGGCAUUGCAUUUAAGAUAGACAGUAGCCUGGAAACCUUUUUUGUUUCUGUUCAGUCAUGUAUUUGGACUCUCUAAACAAGUGGUUCCCAAACUUUUUGGCUUGGGACCCCUUAAAACGUGGCAAUAUCUACUUGAGACCCCUCAUCACAGGUCAUGGCCUUAGUGUGGGCAACCAAAGAUUGAUUUUUCUUUGUCGGAUUGUUUCUUUGAACAAGACGGGCAACUGCCCUGGGGGCCCAAAUCCGGAAAGACCCCAAAAGACCAAGGUUCACUGCAUGCCGAUUGGAUUUUGUACUUUGAUAAACUGAACAUUUGUUAGGGAGUUUGCACAGAAAAAGUACAUCAGCUAAGGCAAGAUUAAUCUUGUGGUCAAUCUUGUAGAUGAACCCUGUCAAAACCUAGUUUUAAGACCUUUAUUUUUAGUUUCUAUAGUGCUCACAUGUUGUAUAUUCCUAUGUAAAGUCUUGUUUAAUCAAAUUAACCAACUGAGACAUUGAAAACCUGGGGCCAAGAGUUUUUUUUUUCUUCUUCUUUAAGACGACAGUGAAAAAGCAGACAGGAAACAAGGGGAGGGAGUGGGGUAUGGUCCCUGGCCCAAUCCUAAUCAUGUUGUGGUUAUGUGGCAUGCACUCUAACCAUUUGGCUACCAGGAUGCUCGCCAGGUGGUAUUAUUCCAGCAUAUCAGCGGUUGGUUUCUGGGUCUCUGGGCAAAUAAUGAAGCUACCACACAUUGUCUGCUGAUUGUGCUGUGCUUAAUGUGAACUUGGAGGUGACAGGAUACAUACACAAUUUACUGUACUGAGGGUCGGAGGUAGUUGAUCAAUAGGAGCCCAACAGCAAAUUUUUGCCCUGAGGCCCCUUAAAGCUAGGGUAGGUAAUGUUGGAGAAACUAGAGACAGCUAGAUUUUGAAAGUAUCCAACUGAAAAAAUCCCACCCCCUCCCUUCAAGCUUCCCUCCAAAGCCACUCCCCAAAAACACUUUCAUGCGCAAUGACUGCACAGGCAGAGUGCAUGCAGGAAUUAGGUAGACAGGCCUCCCUGCCUGUCUACCUAACUACCUGCUCAUUUCAUUUGAGCCGAAUGAAAUAAGCAAACAUGAUUUUGUGUGGCAGAGAAUAUACUUUUCUUUCUUAUCCCUUAAAUCAUCUUGUGACCCCUCACACUCAUCUUGGAACCCCAGGUUGGAAACCACUGCUCUAAACCACGAAUGCAUUUUGCUUUUUGUGAGGAUAUUACAAUCAUCACAGCAGUGGUUCUAGAUUGGUUUCAUUUUUGGAAACACAUACUGUAGAUGAUCACUGGUCCUCCGCUAUGUGAGUCAGGACACUGAAGGAGGCCACAUAGGACUUACACAAGACUAAAUUUACAAGUAUUUAUUAUAAUAAACAUUUCACCCAAAGCCUCUUUGUUCCUUUUAAAGAGUUUCAAGGGAACAACUCAAAAAGUGUCAAUAUAAUGGUAUUUUCACUUGAUUCAAGAACAUUUUGAAACAGCAGGCUCUAAUUGAAAAUAAAUUACAUAGCCUGAAAUAACAUAGUAAACGCAAUUUGUUGUUAAUGGGCUAAAACAUGCCAAACCACUGGUAAACUGCUUCUUUUAUACAGGACUAUUUUUGGAUGGAUAUUGUUGCAGUGAAACCACUGUGGUAAAUUACAUACAGCCAUUAACUGUUAACAGGUUUAAUAUUUUGGCAAUUGACACUUUUAUUUGCUCUGUGUUCACUGAAAUUGAUUAAAUUGUAUUAAUGCUUAUAAAGAAUACUGUUUCGUUGUUGUUUGGUCUGGUAACACGUUCAAUAGUUGAAAUACCUGGGGUAAUGUUUCUGUUUGUUUUGUUCUGUGUUGAGGACAAGAACUUGUUAGAGACUAUAACGGUUGGUAACUAAAAUAUACUGAUAAUUAUUGGUUUCUGUUAUUAACCAAUACUGUUACCUGAAUGCUGAUGUGUUUCAGCACCAUAACUGAUAAGGAGAACUUCAGUGCUUUGUUGUAAAUGACAGAGAAGUGUUACAUACUGCACCAUAUAAAUUGGUUUAUUUUGUGCAUGAGUAAAGUCAUACUUAAUAACUGCUGAGAUGUUUCUACUAUUGAGAGAAAACAUGACAGUGUUUUUCUGAGGUUUAUAUGACCGGUUGGCUGGAAAUGUCUGUAUAUUGUGCUGAAUCUACAAAAGGGCAUUGGAAAGAAUCAUGAUUUUGCACUGAAUAUAAAAAGACACUCGUGUUUAUAAAGAAAAUUAUGCUACCAUAUAUUGUGUAGUUCAAGUGAAGGCUUUGCUACCAUUGUCAUUAUUUGCAUCUCAAUAAUUUUUAUCCUAAUGUUUACAAGGUGAGAAGUUAAAGCUGUUCUGGAUGUGUAUCAUAUUUGUAAUUCUGUGUGUUUAUCCAUGUGUUGCACUGUUGGACUGAUAAGACCAGGGAAGAUGGGCAGCACUGUGAGGUUAAGUAGAAAAAACACUAUAACCUGUGAAUAGCUUUGGCUCAAAUGAUUAUAUCAAAAGAUGUUUAUCCAUUACUUAACUUAACUUAAAAUUAGACACCACUGGUCUGAUUUUGACAAAACAAAGAACAAAAAACGACGACAGACCUUGUUUUAUAAUUAUUGCAGUGAGUCUGUAGAGUUAUUAAAGGACACAUUUUAAGGUCUACAAAAUGUGUGUUUGGCACAAACUUGGCAUGAAAAACACAGUUGUUCUUUGAAAUUGCUGUGACAAAUAGUCAGUAGAAAGUUUUUUACUUGGGUGCCCAAAUCUACGGAACCGCAGAGUGGCCAUAGAGAGAGAGAGAAAAAAUUUGUUCCCAAGUUUAUAUUAAUUCAUGCGCACGAGAUAAGUGUAUAUCCAGAGAGCUAGCACAACAGACCAGCAUUGUUUGAGUGUUGAGUAAAUGGAAGUCAAUACACUCUGGCAGCGAGGAGCAUCAUCACAGGAGAAGUGACCACAGGAGGAGCAGCAGCCCGGGCUGGAGGGACUGCUAUAUAAUACAAGCUGUAUUAUAUAGCAGUCCCUCCAGCCACGAGCCCUAUGCUUGUCUCAAACUGUUAACUCAUAUUCCUUCAGAAUUAACGUUUCCCUUUACUCAGCACUCUGAUAAACAAAGCUGGUCUGUUGUGCUAGCUCUCUCCUGCGCACAAAUUAAUCAAAACAUGGGAACAAAUUGUAUCUCGUGCACACGAAUUAAUCAAAACGUGGGAACAAUUUUUUUUCUCUCUAUGGCCACUCUGGGGCUCCGUACAAAUCAGUUGUCUGGAAGAAGUUGAAUCCAAAUUAUUGGGUCAUCAUUUUUCUGUUUAUCUGAAAGACCAUCCACUGUUAAAAUGAGGGCAUGUAAGAGUCCUUGGUUACAAUCACGCCCCCACUGAAAAGAAGAUGGCUGUGGGAUACGGCCUAAAGCUUGUGGAAAAGCUAAUAAAGUGAACCUUGAUUUAAGAAUUUAUAUCACAGACCACAAAUGGUCAUUUUUACAUUUAUGAUUGUGCAUGGAUUAAACAAAUAUGAUAUGUUAAUUAGUAAGAUUUAAAGAUGCUGGUAGGCAGGUUGUUUUUACUUAUUGUUUCCCCUGCUUCUAGUCUUUAUGCUAAGCUAAGCUAAUUGCCUCCUGGCUCUAGCUCCAUACUUAGCACACAGAUAUGAGAGUGGUAUCUCAUCUAACUCUCUGACAGAAAGAGAAUAGGCGUAUUUCCCAAAAUGUCACACUAUCCUUUUAAAACUGUUUUGCCUGCAUAUACUGUAUGCACCUGUCCUCUUCAACUGUAUUGAUUUCUAAUGUUGUUACUCAACCACAACAUAUAAAAUAUGGUUAUGCUUGCCUCACAUAAAAGCCCAUGUAUCCUGGUCUACAGACUGAGCCAGUCUUGUACACUGACAGAAUUCAGGAACCCUCACCUCCAUCUACUGUCAGGGGCCCCAAACCUCCUAGCAGUGCCCCUGCAGGACAGUAUAUACUCCUGUAGUCUCUGUGAAAACCUCAGCACACUUUCAGUGCCUCUGAACAAUGUUGCCAAUAUACCACUGACUGACUGAAUGGAUGUCUGGACGACUGAUAUAUUGAAUUCUGAGGCUGUGUGUGUGUGUUUUCUGACAGAUGAAUAAACGUGCAGAUGAUAUAACCGA